GAAAAAUCGAUCAUCGACGAAUCUUAACUAGCCGUCCGAUUGCUCGCAUUAAAGCAGUUGCAAAAAUUUAUUCAAAUAAAAUAAGCGUAAAUGUGGAGGCAUUAAUAACUUCAAACUUGCAAUUGGAAAAGAAGGGUUUUUUGCAAAUUAUAUUUCAGAAAUUUGAGAAAUUAAAGACGGAUAGAUACUUGCAGUUUUCAAUGUAAGUGAAAUUACAUAUUGUGACGUAAUAUAGCUAGUCUGAACAGACAUUGGUCAGUUUGACAAAUGAGUAAAUUAAAUAGCUGGAAGGCGUAAUAGAGGAUCAAAAGACACGUUUACGUACCAAGUGAACGCGUAAGCAAUGCAAAACUGACUUGCGAGAUGUCAUACUAUUAAAAUAAUUUGACCUAAAUACCAAAAGAAAGAAUUGCGUGCAAAACUGCAAGAUUCGCGGUAGAUAGAGAAAGCGAUCCUCGGCUUGGCCUUUUGGACAAUCACCUAACCGAGGUCGUUUAGUCUGCCUUCAGCUUUCGUUCUUUAAGUACGAACUCUUGUGUACGAAUAGUCAGCAUCGAGAUCACAUACAGACGAAAGAUAUUUAUUCUGAAGCAACUAAGAGAAAGCACAAAAUAUAACGAAGAAAAAUGCUUCUCUUAAUAGCAUUUUGGCUAUUAGUCAGCUUAAUCGCUUUUUGGCUUCUACUUGAGCCUAUUACAAAAAUACUGCGCAUUCUAUGGGAAAUUAUCAUACAGAUAUAUGAUAAAAAACCAAUUAAUUUCCGAACAAAAUUCGGCGAAUGGGCUGUUGUCACUGGCUCAACUGAUGGUAUCGGUAAAGCUUAUGCUAAAGAAUUAGCAAUGAAGAACAUGAAUCUAAUUCUAAUUAGCAGAAAUUUAGAAAAACUUGAGUCCACGAAACAAGAGAUAUUACUGUUAAAUCCCGAAAUCAAAGUAGAAAUUAUAACGGCGGAUUUCGCUGAAGGAGAAAAAGCUUUCCUCAAGAUUCGUCCUCAUUUGAAAGAUAUACCUGUCGGUAUACUAGUCAACAAUGUAGGCAAAAUGUACGAAUAUCCCAUGUAUCUCGGAGAGGUGCCCGAGUCGGAUCUGUGGGACAUUAUUAUGUUGAACGUGGGUGCGACUACAUUAAUGACGCGGUUAGUUAUCGGAGAGAUGCAGAAACGCGGAAAAGGUGCGAUUGUUAACGUUUCUUCCGGAUCGGAGUUUCAACCGCUGCCGUUAAUGACGGUAUAUGCUGCCACAAAAGCGUACAUGAAAAACUUUUCCGCUGCGCUCAGAGCGGAAUACUCCAGAUUCGGCAUUACCAUUCAACAUCUGUCGCCUCUUUUCGUCAACACCAAAAUGAACGCGUAUAGCCCCAGACUUCAGGUUACAAACAUAUUUGUGCCUGACGCCACAACUUAUGCAAGGAAUGCGAUAGCCACUCUUGGCAAAAUAGACGUCAGCACCGGCUAUUGGUCUCAUAGUAUUCAGAAAUUCUUUACUUUAAUAGUACCUGUAUGGGUCAGAACAAAAGUCGGACAAAAUUUGAACGAAAAUUUUAGACAAGAUUAUUUCAAACAAAAGAAAGAACAAAAAUUGCAAUAAUAUUACAUACAAAAUUAUAUGCUUUUUCAACAUUUACAAACAUUUUUGUGAAAUAUUAUAUAUGAAAACUAAUGAUAAUUGAUUAUUACUGAUAGAUGAUUACUAAUUACUAGUUAUACUCUGAUUAUUACUGCACUAAUUAUUUUUAAUGCUGCUUAUGAAUGUACAAUGCUUAAUGAUGAACGAUAUACGAUGCUUCAAUUGAUUCAUUUAUAUUGCAUUACAUCGAUCACUCGUUAGAUUUGAUUGCAAAUAGAUGAAUAAGUUAUGUUGUGGA